AUGGAUGAUUUGUAUGUCACUUCGUCAACGGUAGAAGAAGCCCUCCAACAAAUGACACAACUACGAGGAUCUUUAUCUCGAGGUGGGUUCAACUUGAAUAAGUGGAACUCAAACAGUAAACCAUUCCUGGAUUCAAUUGAUCCAAAUAUUUUAGUCAGCCCUAAUGAUCCAACGCCUAAACAUCAACGAGUUCUCGGUGUUCACUGGAAUACAAACACUGACUGCUACUUCAUCGAUAACAAAAAGUUUGUAAAAAUUCUACGUAUUGGCAUUGCUACGCAACGGAAACUCCUGAAGUAUACCGCUUCUUUAUUUGACCCACUCGGAAUAGUGGCUCCAUUGACAAUUCGGAUUCGAAAAGUUCUCCAAUCUGUUUGGUCACAAGGUGUUAAGUGGGAUACUCCAUUAGACACGGAUAAACUUCCCGAUUUCAAACUUUGGGUAGACGAAAUGGAAAAUUUCGAAACUGUUUCAUUCCAAAGGAACUUCUUUGAUAAAGAAAACCCUGCUUCAAUCCAGCUUCACACGUUUUGUGAUGCAUCAGAAUUCGCUCUCGCUGCUGUUUGCUACCUAAGAAUAGUCUACAGCGACGGCUCCACAUCUUUGAAGUUUAUAAUAGGAAAGACAAGAGUCGCUCCUAUGAAACGUGUUACAAUUCCCAAUCUCGAGUUGCAAGCUGCAGUAUAUGCUGCCCAACUAUCGCUCUUUGUUUCAGAGGAAAUUGACCUCAAAGUUGAAAAAACUUAUUUCUGGUCUGACAGUACUACUGAUUUGUAUUGGCUGCGAACACCUCUUCAGAAAAUUUUAGACGUUUCUAAACCUGAACAGUGGUUUCACGUUCCAACUCUGCUAAAUCCUGCUGACGACGGUACCAGAGGAUACAUUGCUUUAGAAAUGACCUCAAGCUGUCGGUGGCUACUAGGACCGGAAUUUCUGUUGAACGAUUCUUCUCAAUGGCCUUCACAGGAAAACAUUCGGCUUGAGACCAUUCCUGUAUUCGUUACUUCAUUAGAGGCUAAAUUUGAGCCUAUAUUUGACAUCAAACGCUUCAGCAACUGGAAAAGACUAAUACGGACAGUUGCAUACUGCUUCUUAUUCGCAGAAAAUCUCAAACGGAAGAUCAACAAACAGUCGAAGGUCGAUCUUCAACUCUUGCAUCUAACGAAAUCGCACUUUCUCAUAAUUAAAACUGCCCAAAGGACAGAUUUUGUCUCUGAAAUUUCAGACAUCAAAAAAGAAAAACCAAUUGAAGGCAAAAGUAGACUUCGAACAUUAGCACCGUUUGUGGACAACUUCGGUAUCCUGCGUUCUCGUGGACGUCUCACGCGUGCCCCUAUCAUGCUAUCAGCUAGAUAUCCAAUCAUUCUCGCUGGUGAAAACCCCAAUGUUCGCCUGCUGUUAGCUAACAUCCAUGUUCAACAUUCCCACUGCGGAAAGGAACAAGCAAUGGCCAUAGCACAGGAAAACUACUGGAUUCUUCGCUGCCGCGUCAUGCUGAAAAGUAUCAUACACAGUUGUAUACCCUGCAGAAGAAUGCAACAACAAGUCGACUACCCUCAGAUGUCAGAUCUUCCAAUUGAUCGACUGCCAUCAAAAAAUCAUUUUCCUUUUGCAACGACUGGAUUGGACUACGUUGGACCUUUUCCCAUCAUCCUUCAAGGAAAACAAUACCAAGCGUAUAUUUUACUGUUCACAUGCUUAGUGAUCAGAGCUGUGCAUCUUGAAAUCUCAUUAGGACUAUCGACAGACAGCACUCUUCUUUGUAUCAGACGCUUUUUUGCCCGGCGAGGAAAACCAUCGAAAAUGGUUUCUGAUUGUGGGACAAGUUUUGUGGGCUCCAAUUCUGAGCUGAAGAAAUGUCUAGACAACUUGGAAAAGAACAAAGAAUUUGUGGAAAGCAUCAAUCAGCUGGACGUAUCACUCGAAUGGAAAUUCAACCCUCCUGCGGCCCCUCAUUUUGGUGGUUCUUGGGAACGACUAGUUCAGAUAUUUAAACUUUCCCUGUACAAAGUCAUCGGAUCAAGAACACUCUCCUAUGAAACACUGGCUACUUUCACGACCGAAAUUGAAUCAACCAUGAAUUCACGACCUUUAACCAAUGUGUCUGACGACAUCAAAGAUGAUCUGCCUCUCACUCCCAACCAUUUCCUUCUUGGUCGUGGAACUCCAAAUUUACCGCCUGGUAUCUUCAAGGACAAGGAUUUAUCUCUGUCAAAAUCAUGGAAAGCAUCCCAACUACUCGCAGAUCACUUCUGGAAUCGCUUUCUUCGAGAGUACUUACCAGGUCAGCAGAAACGAUCAAAGUGGACUUCUGCGACUUCCAAUUUGCAACCCGACUACAUGGUCUGGAUGUUGGAGGAUUUUACACCUCGUGGACUGUGGCCUCUUGCUAAAGUGGUGGAAACCUUUCCUGGACAAGAUGGAAUAGUCCGCUCAGUGAAGCUGAAAACGCCAACUGGAUUCAAAGUUCGAUCUGUGGUCAAAUUGAGCCGCGUUUUCCCAGUUUCGCAGUAA